AUCGAAAAAAAGGGGAGUGCGAGACAAUUGAUUUUUUGUGGAAAAGUGAUAAGAGGCCCCAAAUUUGUGGAAAAUUCUUGGUUUUCCGCCUAGUGCUAAUCGUGUAGAGUACGAAUUUUCGUAAGGCUAGCUUCCGAAACUAGAAAGCGCAAAAAUGAUUGGUGGUUUGUUUGUUUACAACCACAAAGGUGAGGUUUUAAUCUCCCGAGUUUAUCGCGAUGAUAUCGGACGCAACGCCGUCGACGCUUUCCGAGUCAACGUCAUCCAUGCCAGGCAGCAGGUGCGCUCGCCGGUGACCAACAUUGCAAGAACCAGCUUCUUCCACAUCAAGCGUGCCAAUAUUUGGCUGGCGGCGGUCACCAAGCAAAAUGUAAAUGCUGCGAUGGUAUUUGAGUUCUUGCUCAAGAUCAUUGAGGUGAUGCAGUCUUACUUUGGUAAGAUCUCCGAGGAGAACAUCAAGAAUAACUUUGUGCUCAUCUAUGAGCUGCUGGACGAGAUAUUGGACUUUGGUUAUCCGCAGAAUACGGACUCGGGUACACUGAAAACGUUCAUCACGCAGCAGGGCAUCAAGUCGGCCACCAAGGAGGAGCAAAUGCAAAUCACCUCACAGGUCACCGGCCAGAUUGGCUGGCGACGCGAGGGCAUCAAAUAUCGACGCAACGAACUGUUUCUCGAUGUGCUCGAGUAUGUUAAUCUGCUGAUGAGUCCACAGGGUCAGGUGCUAUCGGCUCACGUUGCCGGCAAAGUGGUCAUGAAGUCCUAUUUGUCAGGCAUGCCCGAGUGCAAGUUUGGAAUCAACGAUAAAAUCGUCAUGGAAUCCAAGGGCAGGGGCCUCUCGGGCAAUUCGGAGGCGGAGACAUCGCGCUCCGGCAAGCCGGUGGUGGUAAUUGACGACUGCCAGUUCCAUCAAUGCGUCAAGCUGAGCAAAUUUGAAACGGAGCACUCGAUUAGCUUUAUACCGCCGGACGGUGAAUUCGAGCUGAUGCGCUAUCGUACCACGAAAGACAUAUCGCUGCCAUUCCGUGUGAUACCCCUGGUCCGAGAGGUGGGCCGCACCAAAAUGGAGGCAAAGGUCGUGCUCAAGUCGAACUUUAAGCCCUCGCUGCUUGGCCAGAAGAUCGAGGUGAAAAUUCCCACACCGCUCAACACCUCGGGCGUGCAGUUGAUUUGCCUGAAAGGCAAGGCCAAGUACAAGGCUUCGGAGAAUGCGAUUGUGUGGAAAAUAAAACGAAUGGCCGGCAUGAAGGAAACGCAGCUCUCGGCUGAAAUUGAACUGCUCGAAACGGAUACCAAAAAGAAAUGGACGCGACCGCCCAUAUCGAUGAACUUCGAGGUGCCAUUCGCGCCAUCCGGUUUCAAGGUGCGCUACCUGAAAGUGUUCGAGCCCAAGCUCAACUACUCCGAUCACGAUGUGGUCAAAUGGGUGCGUUACAUCGGACGCAGCGGUCUCUACGAAACCCGCUGUUAAAGUUGGAAGGCCCAGAAGCCAGCCGAGCAAGUGUAUCACAUGGACGACAAAAUAUUGAAGAGAAUUGAAAGCCAUUUUGCCAAUUCUCUCAAUCGAAUUGAACAAAUGUUGUCGCAUAUUCCAAAAUUUAGGCCCCUCCUAUAUCCUAUAUCCUAUAUAUAGGCACAACCGCAACGGACAUACCAUUAUAUUAUAUUAUUAUUUACAAUAUUAUAUUAUGUAAUUUUAUUAUACAACGCGCGUCUAAAAAUCUCACUCACAUAAUUUCUACUCUUUAUGAUUUGUAUUAUUAUAUUAAAUGUUGCCCCUAUGUAUUUGGUAGACCAAAAACUGUCUAAAGAGCGCUAAUAAUAUUGAUAUUCAAAAUGUUGUUCGAAUUGUUUAAUAAAUAAAUAGCAAGAUAUGCAUAUACUCAAAUAAAUAAAGAGCGCGACUCUUCAAAUAGUUGAUA